AUGUCGACUGCCUCCAAGCCGCCGGCUGGCCACUUCACCAUCCUCUAUUUCGCGUCCGCUAGCUCUUACACAGCUAGGGACUCCGAGAACCUGCCGGCUCCUCUACCGGUUUCGAAAUUAUUCGAAGUGCUUGAGGUUAAAUACAGCGGUAUAAAGCCUAAGAUUUUAGAUAGCUGCCUGCUCACGAUUAAUCUCGAAUAUGUUGAUGUCACCGAUGAUUCUGCGAGUGACGUGGUCAUAAAAGAGUGUGAUGAGGUUGCAAUCAUCCCACCUGUGAGCUCUGGAUAA